UUAUUCUUAUUCUUUGUCUUGAUAUAAUAUUUUAAUUUUAAUGGCUAACAACGCGUUAUUUUUUUUUCACUCGUCACGUCGGGGAACCUAAUAAAAGGAGAUAGAUUUGUAAAAUAUACGAAGGGAACCCAAAUAAAAAAAAAUCGAUAAAAAUUCGAGGGGUAACGGAUAAAAACGCGUGUGUGUUUAUUCGACUACUUUUGAGUUUUCUUCUUCUUCUUCUUCUUAUUCUUCCUAUCAUCAUUAUCAUCAUCACUACCAAUCAUCACUACCAUCACUGUCGCGCGAGUGUUUUGACUCUUUCGUAACGAGCCAAUUUAGUUUUUUUUCUUUUUUUAUAUUAUACAUAUAUAUUAUAUAUAUAUAUGUAUAUAUAAAAAAUUGAAAAAGUAUACUUAGAAAAGGAAGUUGGUUAUUGAAAAAACGUUAUUGUCAUACGGAUUCGUUGAAGAAGAAUCGCGUUGAAGUUUUGGUUCGACGUUAAAUAUCGCUGGGAUGUCGUUCUUCAGAGGCUUAUGGAAAAGCAGUUCGAAGCAUAAGAAACUAUGCGAGGAAUGGGCCUUGGCAAACAGUCGCGAAUGCGUUGAGAGUACCGGAACUGUAGCCUCGACGCAUGAGGAAUCCGAGGAUGCAUCAGAGGCCAGGUUCACCCUCAAAUAUUUGGGCAGCACCCUCGUCGAGACGCCAUCGAGCGAGGAAGCCACGGCUGAAGCCAUCAAGACGGUCAUUACCAUGGCAAAAGCAAGCGGUAAAAAAUUACAAAGGGUGUCUUUGGCUGUUAGUUUAAGAGGUAUCAGAAUGACGGAUUUAGCCACUGAGGAAGAUCAACUUCAAGUAUCUAUAUACAGGAUCUCUUAUUGUUCGGCUGAUGCAACCCACGACCACGUGUUUGCAUUCAUAGCAACGAAUUUGAACGAGACCAUGGAAUGUCACGCGUUUCUCUGUCCAAAAAGAAAAAUGGCACAAACGGUGACGUUGACGGUGGCACAAGCAUUCAAUACGGCUUACGAAGCCUGGCAAUUGUCACAGGCUGCUGAUCCAAGGAUUCAUCAUGCUCAAGAUAAAGGUUCCACGUUGACAGAUGAGAAAAACGAUACGAACGAAAAAAAAAACGGCAACGAGACAAAAAAUGCAACAAAGAUGAAUCAACAGAACAAGCUGAACGGACAACGUCAUGCUGCCGUCAAUGAAGGUCAAAAGAAUCUUUUAAUUGAUCUAUCAAACGAUCCUAAACCGACGGGGAAUUCAUGGGUGAGUUUCGAAGAGGAAACCAAUUCGGAUGGUAAAAAGUCGCAAAAAAAUUCGUCGAAUAGUAUUCCCAUGACUACUUUGAGACACACGAGCACGUCCACGCCAUCUCAUCACGUAGUACCGAGGCCAUCCACGGGAUUCAAGAUGCAAAAUGCUUGGGGAGAAUCCAGAUCCGUCGAUCUAAUGUGUUCGUAGCAGACAUAGCCUGCGGCUGACAGUUUCAGAGAUGUACCAUUAAUCACGGGUCUCUGGAAGCAUCUGUCGAAUAGCGGCCAAACAAAGAAAACUAAUCCUUAGACUAAUAUCAACCCGCCCCCCCUCC